AUGCUCAUCACCCGUUUCGUCGCCUGCUCCGCCUUCGCCAAACCUAUUCGCGAAUCCCUUCGCGAACCAGUCCGUCGUCGCCUGGCAGAAGACAGCGGCCUUGGCGAGCUUCAUGAGAAGCUCGGCGCGCUAUGGGACAUGGCCAGCCGCCUCUCGCUAAACGGGACCAUCAUUAUCGCGUUGUCCAAUGCAGGUUUCGAGGACAUGCUGGAGAACUGGGUGCUGCAUCUGGAGCGGGUGGGUCUGAGCCGCCACUUCAUACUCUUCGCAGCAGACAGCACAAUCCUUGAAUUCGCCCACUCCAAAUGGCCAGGACAGGCCAUUCACCUGGAUCUGACCGGGCAGUUCAACGACGAGGAGGACGUGGAUGUGAGGAAGGAGGUCGACAUCAACUCAGCGGGGUUCUUCAGCGUGGCCUCCCACCGAGCAGUCUACAUCCACCACCUCCUCUCCUUUGGCUUCUCCGUGCUCUACAGUGACAUAGAUAUUGCCUUCCUCCACAACCCCCUCCCCUUCUUUCAAAAACCCACUGAUCCCACUGAUGUGUCUGCUUCUGCUCUUGCUGCUGCUUCUAGUUCUUCUGCUGCUGCAGCUGACGCUGCUGCGGCUGGCGCUGCUGCAGACGCUGACAGGAGCGGCUUAAAUUUCGACGUGUUUUUAACCAUCGAUCGGUACAGAGAGCAGCCGUCGCCCUACACAGAACCCGUCAAUACAACCCUUCUCAACAAAGGCGGUCGCAUCUACUGCACCUGCCUGCUCUUCUUCCGCCCCACCGCCGCCGCCAAGAGCCUCGUAGGCAACUGGGCGUUUCGGAUCGCAAAGCUGGGCCGCAAGGGAGGGUUAGAUCAAGCUCAAUUCAACCUAGUCAUGAAGUGGAUGUACCAGAGGGAUGUGUUGCCAAGGAUUGGUGUGCUGCCGCCGCUGCAGUUCCCGUCUGGGCACCUGGUGCAGGAGCACUGGGAGGAGUUUGAGGCGGUGCGGUCGAGAGUGGUGAUGGUGCAUGCGAAUUAUGUGAGAGGGAAGGGCGCGAAGAUUGAGGCGCUGAAGAAGGCGGGGCUGUGGUGGGUGAUGGAGCAGAGCAACGCGACUACUUCUGCUGCUGCUGCUCCUGCUGCUGCUCCUGCUGCUUCUGGUGCGGCUGCUACAGAUGCUGCUUCUGGUGCAGGGCUGGUUGAGGGGCAGGAGAAAGGGCAGGGAGCAGCAGGUGGCAAGGAGAAGGCGGCAGGCGAGGGAAGGGAUGAAGAGGAGCCUAUCUUGCUGUUCCCAACGCCUAGGCCCCGUGAGAAGGCUGACAGGGAUGACAAGGCUGAGAAGGCUGACAGGGAUGACAAGGCUGAGAAGGCUGAGAAGGUUGCAGGGACGUUGGGGGCGCAGCAGAGCGAGGAGCAGGGUGGUGUAAAGGGAGGGAAGGAGGGGGAGGAGCAGGCGCUGAUAGGGGCAGCUGGGGGAAGCGGAGGGGCGGGAGGAGAGGGGGAUUGGGAGGCGCGGGUACUGGAGGCAGUGGAGCCGUGGGUGGGGGAGUAUUUGCAGACGAUGGAGGGGAAAGGGGUGAGCGUUGCUGCUGCUGAUGGCAUGGCCAUCUUCACUGUUGCCUGCGAUGGCCAGGAUGCAUUGUUCCGCACCUGGUGGGCGCGCAUGAACCGCUUCCCAUUGCUCGGGAGAUCUCUCCUCGCCUCCGUGCCUCAGGUGAUGCGCAUGCCAGGGGGCCACACCGUGGACCGACCCAAGGAGAGGACGUCCCUGCAAGUGGCUGCCGCCACGUGCCUGCUGCUGCCGCCCCUCAUCCUUGCUCGUCUCCUGGCUGCCAACAUCACCACCGUCUACAGGUAUGCUUUGGUGUGUUUUCAAAGUGCACAGUCUAUGAUGGUGCAAGUGGCUGCCGCCACGUGCCUGCUGCUGCCGCCCCUCAUCCUUGCUCGUCUCCUGGCUGCCAACAUCACCACCGUCUACAGGUAUGCUUUGGUGUCUUUUCAAAGUGCACAGUCUAUGAUGGUGCAAGUGGCUGCCGCCACGUGCCUGCUGCUGCCGCCCCUCAUCCUUGCUCGUCUCCUGGCUGCCAACAUCACCACCGUCUACAGGUAUGCUUUGGUGUGUUUUCAAAGUGCACAGUCUAUGAUGGUGCAAGUGGCUGCCGCCACGUGCCUGCUGCUGCCGCCCCUCAUCCUUGCUCGUCUCCUGGCUGCCAACAUCACCACCGUCUACAGGUAUGCUUUGGUGUGUUUUCAAAGUGCACAGUCUAUGAUGGUGCAAGUGGCUGCCGCCACGUGCCUGCUGCUGCCGCCCCUCAUCCUUGCUCGUCUCCUGGCUGCCAACAUCACCACCGUCUACAGGUAUGCUUUGGUGUGUUUUCAAAGUGCACAGUCUAUGAUGGUGCAAGUGGCUGCCGCCACGUGCCUGCUGCUGCCGCCCCUCAUCCUUGCUCGUCUCCUGGCUGCCAACAUCACCACCGUCUACAGGUAUGCUUUGGUGUCUUUUCAAAGUGCACAGUCUAUGAUGGUGCAAGUGGCUGCCGCCACGUGCCUGCUGCUGCCGCCCCUCAUCCUUGCUCGUCUCCUGGCUGCCAACAUCACCACCGUCUACAGGUAUGCUUUGGUGUGUUUUCAAAGUGCACAGUCUAUGAUGGUGCAAGUGGCUGCCGCCACGUGCCUGCUGCUGCCGCCCCUCAUCCUUGCUCGUCUCCUGGCUGCCAACAUCACCACCGUCUACAGGUAUGCUUUGGUGUGUUUUCAAAGUGCACAGUCUAUGAUGGUGCAAGUGGCUGCCGCCACGUGCCUGCUGCUGCCGCCCCUCAUCCUUGCUCGUCUCCUGGCUGCCAACAUCACCACCGUCUACAGGUAUGCUUUGGUGUGUUUUCAAAGUGCACAGUCUAUGAUGGUGCAAGUGGCUGCCGCCACGUGCCUGCUGCUGCCGCCCCUCAUCCUUGCUCGUCUCCUGGCUGCCAACAUCACCACCGUCUACAGGUAUGCUUUGGUGUGUUUUCAAAGUGCACAGUCUAUGAUGGUGCAAGUGGCUGCCGCCACGUGCCUGCUGCUGCCGCCCCUCAUCCUUGCUCGUCUCCUGGCUGCCAACAUCACCACCGUCUACAGGUAUGCUUUGGUGUGUUUUCAAAGUGCACAGUCUAUGAUGGUGCAAGUGGCUGCCGCCACGUGCCUGCUGCUGCCGCCCCUCAUCCUUGCUCGUCUCCUGGCUGCCAACAUCACCACCGUCUACAGGUAUGCUUUGGUGUGUUUUCAAAGUGCACAGUCUAUGAUGGUGCAAGUGGCUGCCGCCACGUGCCUGCUGCUGCCGCCCCUCAUCCUUGCUCGUCUCCUGGCUGCCAACAUCACCACCGUCUACAGGUAUGCUUUGGUGUCUUUUCAAAGUGCACAGUCUAUGAUGGUGCAAGUGGCUGCCGCCACGUGCCUGCUGCUGCCGCCCCUCAUCCUUGCUCGUCUCCUGGCUGCCAACAUCACCACCGUCUACAGGUAUGCUUUGGUGUCUUUUCAAAGUGCACAGUCUAUGAUGGUGCAAGUGGCUGCCGCCACGUGCCUGCUGCUGCCGCCCCUCAUCCUUGCUCGUCUCCUGGCUGCCAACAUCACCGUCUACAGUCCCCUCAUUCUCCCCUCAUCCUCGCCCGCUUGUUCGCUGCCAACAUUGCUGCCGUCUACAGGUGCAGUGAGCCCCACCUUUUCUUUCCGUCCGCCCCACUCACCCCACCCUGCGCCCUCCCCUCCUCCCAGUGACAUCAACUCAGUGUGGCUGCGGGACGCCCGCCCCUACUUCCCGCCAUCCUACUCCCUCGUGCUGCCCUCCCUCUCCCACCUAGACCCACCGCAGCAGCAGCAGCAGCCAGCGACAGCACCAGCGCAAGGGGCACAAGGGGCAGCAGAGAACGGGCGAGGAGAGAAAGGAGAGAAAGCAGAGGGCAGCAAGGGGGGUGAGGGUGGGGGCAGCAGAAAGCAGGAGGCAGCAGCCCCUACACCGGCCAAUACCACCAUUGCCCUCUUGCCCUCCCUUCUAGGGUCCCUCUCUCCAUGGCUCAUGGCUCUUCGCCCUUCCCCUGCUGUGCAAGCUAUGGUGCGUCACUGGGCUCUCAGGGCUUUAAGGGGUUGUAGGAAUGCAGAAGCAGCCGAAGCUGCGGGUGGUUUGGGCGUGUUUUCUGGUUCGGAGAUUCUCAAGAGGGCGCUCAACCAUGCCGUGGCUGAGAUGGUUCGGGAAGCGGGGCUUGUGGGAGCGGAGGAGCUCGGGUUGGGUGAAGGUCUGGGUUUGGCAGGAGGCACGGAUGCAGGGACGGGAGCAGGCAUGGAUGCAGGUACGGGAUCAGGGAUGGAUGCAGGCACGGGAGCAGGCACGAGUACAGGGCAAGGGGCAAGCGUGGGGGUGCUGCCAGAGCAGUUAUUCCCGCCUGGGUGGAAGGUGGUGGGGGAUAGGGCAUGGCUGGAGGCACAUAGGAAUGAGAUAGUGGCCGUGCAGGUGAGCUGUGGGGAGGACAGCCAGGUGCAGGAGAUGUGUAUUCGAGACAUGAAGCUGUGGUUAUAA